AUGGAGACAGCCAACCGCGACUCCAUACGCGAACGUGUCAACGCCCAACUAUUGGAAGGAAAUGUUGCCGGUGCUGUCCGUGUUUUGGCAUCCGAUGCCAAGGCGCUCGAAAUAACUCCCCAAGUUCUUGGAGAACUAAAAACGAAGCACCCCAAUCCUCCGGAUGACCAACGGCCCCUUAUCGCCCAUUCUGACCUUCCAAACUCUCAUGCCUCUAAAGAGGAAGUCCUCGAUGCCAUUAAUUCUCUGGCGACCGGUAGUUGUGGCGGCAUAGACGGUCUCCGCCCUGGGCACGUCAAAGAUAUGCUAUCAAAUCAUACCUGUGAGGCUGGUCAGCGCCUUCUAUCUUCUCUAACGGCUCUUACGAACAGAAUCUUGAAUGCCGAAAUUCCUGAACACGCCCGUGACUUAUUUUUCGCUGCCAAUCUUACUGCACUCCGGAAAAAAGAAGGCGGCAUUCGCCCCAUCGCAAUGGGCUGUUUCUAUCGCCGGUUGGCCUCAAAAGUUGCUUGCAGGCAAGCUACAAAGUUAUUGGGAUCUGAAUUACGCCCAAUACAACUCGGAGUCGGUGUCAGUGGCGGCUGUGAAGCCGCAGUCCAUGCAACAAGGAAGUUCAUCUCCGCCUCACAAAAUCAGCCGAAUAACCUUCAUCUUCUAAUCAAACUGGACCUGAUUAACGCUUUUAACAGCGUUCGUCGUGACGUAAUCUUUGAAUCCAUCAUCCGUCGUUCACCUUUUAUUGCUCGUCUGGUCGCUUUGGCCUACGGUCGACCCAGCCUCUUUAUCGCUGGCGACCACUCAAUCUCGUCCUGCAACGGGGUCCAACAAGGCGAUCCUCUGGGUCCUCUCCUUUUCGUCCUGGCAAUCGAUCCCGUUGCCAGAAGUGUAUCCUCCGUUUUCAAUGCUUGGUAUUUGGACGAUGCUACUAUCGGAGGUACUCUCGAAUCCGUUCUUGACGAUCUGAGAAUUUUAAUCCCGGCAUUACACGCAAUUGGCCUCGAUAUCAAUCCCCGAAAAUCUGAAAUCUUUAACAUCAGUUAUGAUGUUCACCGUUUCUCUGUUGCCCAUUGUUCUAUCGAGUCAUUACUUCCUAACAUCCAUGUCACUUCACCCGGAAAUCUCAAGAUUUUGGGUUCCACGAUUUUUCACUCCGGUGUUGUUUCUACCUUAUCAGAAAAAACAUCAAACCUUGCGUCAAUGUCCUGUAAUCUUGGUAUCAUCAACUCCCAUUCGGCCCUGUUCUUAUUGAGGAACUGUUUCGCCAUUCCUAAACUACUGUUUACCCUUAGAAGCGCACCAUGCUUUGCCAAUCCCGAGAGUCUUUCCAGAUUCGACCAUUCUCUUAGGACUUGCCUCGAAUCAAUAUGUAAUGCACCAUUCGACGAUCUUGGCUGGGAACAGGCAAUACUCCCUAUCAGUCAUGGCGGCAUCGGCGCGCGCUCAGCCACUGACCUUUUUUUGCCAGCAUUCCUUUCCUCCACACAUGCCACGAGCACCCUUGUCCAAGAGAUUCUCCAACCCUUUUCCGAAUCUUCUUUGGACACAGAGUCAGUCGCCGCAAAAAGCCGCUGGCUUGGGUUGUCUCUUGAGCUCCCACAGAAUCCACACGCACAGGUCGAAUGGGACAGGAUCCUCUGUGACCAGAAGUUGAACAACCUCAAGCCUAAGCUUAACCAACAUCGCUUGGCUUGUUUAUUGGCCGCCUCGCAACCAUAUUCGGGGGCUUGGUUGACCGCUAUCCCAAUGGGUUCUAGUGGAACCUUAUUGGACAAUGAUUGCCUGAGGAUCGGCAUACAGUGCUGGUAG